AUGCACAGUCGUGCUAUUUUGCUCUCGUUGGUGGGCGCUGUACAUGCCUGGAAUAUACAAAAGCCUGGCUUGGAGUUGCCUCUAGGAGCUGAUUCGAGGGCAAAAGACGCCAUUGACCUCUUUACCAGCGCCUAUGCAGACUAUAAGAAGUACGCUUGGGGACAUGAUUCCCUAGCACCAGUGAGCAAGGCUGCCAUAGACGAUCGCAAUGGGUGGGGCGCAACGAUCGUUGAUGCAAUGUCCACUAUGAAAAUGAUGGGCUUGGAGGAUCUAUUUUCCGAAGCCGUUGAUUUUUCUUCGAAAAUUGACUUUAGUAGGAGUAAGACAUCCGACUCGGUGUCCGUGUUCGAGACCACUAUUCGGUACCUUGGGGGAUUGAUUUCCGCUUACGAGCUAGAUGGAAAAAAGAAUCAAGCGCUGAUUGACCGUUCACGAGAGCUUGGAGACAAACUUGCACGUGCUUGGGUGGGCCUGAACGACAUCCCCUAUAAUAACAUGGACUUCUCCGAAGACAUGCCAAUUAUUGAGAAUUCAGGGAUUGCGGUUGCUGGCACGCUGGUAUUGGAGUGGUCAAAGCUCGCCGAAUAUACCGGAAACAAAACAUACUGCCAAUUAGCAGAGAAGGCUAUGGUCGUAUCGGACUCGCCGCUCCCAGGCUUGCCUGCUCAAGGAAUCGACCCCAGCACCGGAAAGCCAGUUGGCGACUACAUUACUUGGGGUGGCGGCUCGGAUUCCUAUUUUGAGUACUUGAUCAAGUACGGUCGGCUCACUAACAAUGCCAGCCCCGAGUGGACCAGUCGUUGGCUGGUGGCUGUUGACUCGUCGAUCCGCUACCUUGCACAGACAGCAGUGGGAACAUCCAUUCCCAAUUUGAUGUACCUGGGUGACUAUACAGGCGGCAGGGUCAGGCAUAUUAGCAGCCAUCUUGCUUGUUUCCACGGCGGCAACUGGAUCAUGGGAGGCCGUUUGACAGGAAACGAUACCAUUGUGCAGUAUGGUCUACGUUUGACAGACGCAUGUUGGAAUUCAUACGAAAAGACAAGAACGGGUAUUGGUCCGGAGGUCUUUGCCUAUAUUGGUCCCGAUGGGGGCUGGACCGGAGAGAGUCCGACUCCCAGUGACCUGAAAUUUUACCAGGAAAAUGGGUUUUAUGUCUAUAAUGGCUACGGGUACUAUGAUCUUCGCCCAGAGGUCCUCGAGAGUAAUUUCUACGCUUGGAGAGCAACCGGAGAUAUCAAAUACUUUAACAGAGCUAUAGCUGGUCUUGAGAGCAUCAAGAAGUAUUGUAGGCCUGGCGUAGCUGUCGAUGGUAUCUGGGACGUCCGGUCAACGAACUCGAGCUACAUUAACCAUACAGAAUCCUUCUUUUUUGCCGAAGUCAUGAAGUAUAUUUACCUGACAUUCGAUGACCCAGAAAAAUUCAGCCUUGAUAAAUAUGUGCCUACCCAGGAAGCAAAAAUGGGUGGUCAUCUUCCUUCGGCACCUUGGACUGGUGAAGUUCCUCAGAUUAGUAAUGUUCCUGGCAUACAGAAGAAGCUCUCGGAUGUUAUUGAACAAGGCCUCUAG